GAAAGAUUAUCCCACUGAUCCUUCAGCCAUUUCACAGUCUGCCAGCCGUUCUCUCUCGCUGGGCCAAAGGGCUGGCUUUGAAUGGGCGGAGGAUGACCCUCGGAAGAGGGACAGCGCUGCCCUUUGCCUUGGCCUAUAAUUGGCCGCUCUUCCUUUCCCGCCCUCCCUGGUAGAGCGUGGAUAGAGACCCAAAGCAGGCGCCAGGAGGAGCCGACAGUUAUUGCUGCUAUCCCGCCUCCUCCGCUCUGUCCUGGAGAAGAGAAGGCUCUUCUCGCGUUAGACUCCGCCUCUUCACCAACCAGGGACGGACGCAGACUAGAGUUGCUGGGACCCGGGUACGAGCGGCCCUUCUGCAAAAUGGUACCAACGAAGCUGCGUGUGGCAGUAAUUGGGGCAGGAGCAGCAGGACUGUGCGCCGCCCGGCACAUCCUUGCCUCUUCUGAGACUUUUGCUCCACCGGUGGUGUUUGAGGCCUCAGAUCGCUUGGGAGGCACCUGGAUUUACACAGAGGAGAAAGAGGAUGCCAUGGGAAGAACCAUCCACUCCAGCAUGUAUCGUGACCUCAGGACCAACCUGCCCAAGGAAUCAAUGGCCUUUCCAGAUUUCCCCUUUGACCCAUCACUGCCUUCAUUCUUGCACCACUCGGAUGUUCUGGCCUACCUGGAUAGCUAUGCAGAGCAGUCUGGAGUCUGUGACCAUAUCAGGUUCCAAUGGCAAGUGGAGAAGGUCAGGCCUGUUGAGAGGGAUGCAGGCAGCCUAGGUGGCUGGGAAGUCACAGCAACAGUGCAGCACCCAGAGUCAACUCAGCAAGUCAAAGAGCACUUUGAUGCCGUCAUGGUCUGCACUGGCCAUUACACUGUCCCAUUUAUACCUCCCAUUCCUGGUUUGGACACUUUCCAAGGCCGUAUUCUGCACAGCCACUCCUACCGCUGUCCAGAGCCCUUUGCCAAUCAAUCUGUAGUGCUGGUAGGCGCUGGUCCAUCAGGAGUUGACCUGGCCUUGCAACUCUCUGAUGUAGAUGCUCAAGUAGUGCUCAGCCAUAAAAGGCAACAUGUGUGCGGGCUGCCCAAGGAUGUGAUACAGGUACCCCCACUUUUGAAGGUGGAGCAAAAGACAGUGGUAUUCACUGACCGCUCCAAGAUGCCAGCUGAUGUCUUGAUUCUCUGUACAGGCUACAAGUACAACUUCCCCUUCUUGGACUUGGCCCAAUUGGGCUUACAAGAGACAGAUUAUGGAAUGGGCCCCCUGUACCAGCAUUUACUGCCCCCGCAGCACCCUUCGCUCUUCUUGAUUGGCCUUUGUCAGCUGAUCUGUCCUUUCCCACACUUCCACUGCCAGGUGCUAUUUGCAUUGGCUGUGCUAAGUGGGCGCUGUUCCCUCCCUUCUGUGGCUGACAUGGAGGCUGAAGUCCAAAGACAGCUGGGACAACAUUUGAAGAAUGGAGGGUUGGCCCGGUACUUCCUGAAGCUGAAAGAAAAACAGUGGAGCUAUAUGGAGGACCUAGCUCACCUUGCUGGAUUCCCACCUGUGCCACCUACUGUCCAACAAAUUUAUGAAGAUACCCAUGCCAGCCGUCUCUGCAAUGUGAGCACCUAUCGUAGCAGAAACUAUCGGCUAUUGGGCCCCAGUGCUUGGGAGUUGGUGCAGGAUUGUGGUGAGAAUUGCAUAAAGAAUGGAAAUCCAAAAUGAGGACCUUUAGAAUGCUCCACCUGGCAUUCUUCUCUCUUUGUGUGGUUUUCCUUCUAAGGCCCAACUGCAGUCGGGGAAAUCAGGCCAAGAACUGCCAGGUGAGACAGAAAAAGAACCAAAUCCCCUCAUGGCAUCAUUGAAAUACAAGAAAGAGCUUUUGUAGGGAAACUUGAAGCAGAUCAUAAAGAGGGAGAAAUAAUGCAUAUUCCAUCUGAAAGAAAAAGGGGGGCUAGAUUCACACAACAUACUUAACCCUAAACCAGGUUUUAUUAAAAAAAAAAAAAAAACAGUUGGCCUGUCUAUGUGGCUCUCUAUGGCCAAGCUAACAAAUUGACAAAGCUAAGUGACAAUCUAGUUUAGGGGCAUCCACUCAGGAGCAUAUUUAAAAAGUCAGGAGGAAAACUGCAAUUGUGGCUAGUUUGAUUGGCUUUGCCCAAUUACCCAAUCCCAGUUUUGAUUAGUACGGUAUGGUGUAACCUCUAACCAGAGAGUGCCCAGCUUAAGCUCUCUGGUGUGCUUUGUGAUUGGGUGAAGCUAAAAAGCCAGGUCUUUAAAUAACAGCUCUUUUUGACUGUGCAUCACACUUUAUAAUUUACACUGCUUAUCACAGUCCAGAAAAUUUUUGCCCUUUGGUGCCAUAUAAAUGGAAAUAAAGAAAACCUGAUUCCAAUGAGAAUGAGAAAAAGAAAUUCAGUUAGCUCCAGUCCAUAGGCUAAGUUUCCUUGGGUUCAAUGGAAAUUUAUAGCAGUGCUUUAAUUAUGGGAGCUACAAAAUUCUUCAGGUGAUGUCCAGUUGAGGGGACAGAGAAUAAAUCAAAAUUGUAAUCUGACUGAAAUGAAUGCAUUUCAUAUAUUAACCCAUUCCUGUUUCAAAAGGCCUUAGAGCAAUUACAGAAUACUUUUAAUGAAAAAGAGAAAAAAUGUAUCUGGGCUAGGUUCACACAAGUUCCUGGUUACUAAACUGACUCUUUUCUGUAUUUGCACCAAACAAUACAUUAACCUAUAAACUAACCACAUGGGCUGGCUUUCCAUACCAUGGUAAGCCAUGGAAAACUAAUGGUUUCACAAUAGCCAAAGUUAGCAAUGUUGUGCAAAUGAAGCUCCAAGAGCUUGGCUUUUGCUUUCAUGCAUGCACAAUGUUGUUUAUCCUGUAUGAAGAAAAGAGAAAGAACAUCAGUGGCAAUAUUAAAAGAAAUCAAAUGUCUUUUGUAUUGUGCUUGAGCCUUGGUCCCCAGAUAGUUUUUUGAAUAAAAAUAUGGAAUUGCUUUUCUACUGUCAUCUGCUGGGAUGGUUUUCCCAUUUCCAGUCCAUAAUGUAUAGCGCUAGAAUUCCCUGGUGAUCUUCCACCUGUGUAUUAACAAGGCCUGGCCCUGUUUCACUUCCCACUUCGGAUGAGACCAACCAGGUGCUGCCACCAUUUUCUGAAUACUUAACACAGUGUUUCUCAACCUUAGCAGCUUUAAGAUGCACGAACAUCAACCCCCAGAACUCUUUUGCUGGCUGGAGAAUUUUGGGAAUUGAAGUCCUCACAUCUUAAAUUUGCCAAAGUGGGAAACACUGACUUAAGCAUAUAGUCAGCACUAUUGUGGCCAUAACGAGAGUUACUUUUUCAUUCCAUGUCUGUAUUUGUCUGUGUACAUGCACAUGAAUGCAAAAUGACAGAUAAAAAGUAAAUUGUC